ACUAAACUACAUAUCUUAUCGGAUUUAAAUUUUCGUCUGUCUUCAUCCGUGCCAUGUCGGUGCCGGAUAAAUGCUGUAAUCGGUGCUGAUAUUGCUAAAAGAUGGUCGACAUAAGUGUAAAAUGUCGUCAAUAGAUAACUCUACUUCCACACAAGAGAGACAAGAAAAUGAAAUAACCGCCUUGAAGGCAAUUUUUGAAAAUGAAUUAGAGGAUCUCAGAAAACUCGAUGAAAAUGACCUGUGGCAGCCUCUGGACUUUGUUCUUUAUUUGAGUCCUCAGCAAGGCAGCUCAGGCAUCCAAGAAAUCCAUGCUGAUGUUCAUUUGCAAGUUACUUGUUGCCAAUCCUACCCUGAAAAAGUUCCUGUUUUGAAGGUUGUCAAAAGCAAAGGCAUCUCAACAUGUGACAUAUCACAAUUAAUGGAGGAACUGCAGAAGCUAACUGCAAAGCUCCGUGGACAGGAGAUGGUUUAUGAAAUUGCGCAACAUGUACAGGAUUUUUUACACAAACACAACAAACCAGGAUUCAAAUCAUUUCAUGAAGAAAUGUUGUUUCUUCAGCAGCAACAAAAACAAGAACAGCAACAACUCAAUUCACUCCGUGAGCAGAAGGAGAGACAAGCUAUUCAAAAUGAAGUUCAUAGAAAACAAGAGGCCUUGCGUGCUGAGGGCCGUCAAAGAAGAGAAAGCCUCCGCCUCAAUCAAGAUCCUUCCAAUCUUCCACAGAGUGAUUACAAUGAAGAUCAUUCACCAGAGAGUAAACCCUCUCUAUUCAAAGACUGUUAUAUCAAGGUAACUCAAGAUUGUGUGUCUGGUGAUGAGGAGCCAGAUGCUGAAAUGUGUUUCCUUCCACAUGAUGCCAAGAGUCAGUCUAGAAUCUUGAGUGAAUUUGAAGAGUUAAAGUUUCUUGGAAAGGGAGCAUUUGGUGAUGUAUUAAAGGUAAGAAAUAAACUGGAUGGGAGAGAAUAUGCAAUUAAACGCAUUGAACUUAAUCCACGCAACCGCCAACUCAACCGCCGCAUUACAAGAGAAGUAAAAUUGCUGUCACAGCUAAACCAUGAAAAUGUUGUCCGUUAUUAUAACUCAUGGAUAGAAAGCGCGACUAUUGAAGUUGUUUCAUCAGAUUCAAACAGUGGAAGUCCAUCAGUCCUCAAACCAUACCGCCCCGUAAAAGCCCUUAAAGAGCUAGCCCCCACAAUUAAAGGAAGUUUGGAAUGGAGUGUGUCCAGUACAGCCAUUCAAGAAUCUUCUGAUUCUGAAAGUGAUUCUGACUCUGAUAGUGAAAUACCUGAUGGGGAACAGUGGUUGGGCUUUUUGUCUAUGCAAGAUAUGUCUGAUAGUAUUGUGUUUGAAAAUGAUUCUCAACCAUCUCCCGAAGGCAAUGAAGUUGAACUUGAAAGUAAAUCUGCAAAUUCCAACAGUGAGCUGGAGAACAGCUUAAGCCCACUACACCGUGAAAUUCAAUUUAUGUAUAUUCAAAUGGAAUUCUGUGAAAAAAGCACGUUAAGGACAGCAAUAGAUGAGGGCCUGUGCCAAGAUGAAUCAAGAGUUUGGAGAUUAUUUAGAGAAAUUGUUGAAGGCUUGGCUCAUAUUCAUCAGCAAGGAAUGAUUCAUAGGGAUCUGAAACCUGUAAACAUUUUUUUAGAUUUUCAAGAUCAUGUGAAAAUUGGUGAUUUUGGUCUUGCGACUAUGAGCAGCUUACCAAGGGUGGCGACAAAAGAAAAGGAUACUUUGGAAGUAUCACAUAUCGAACAGUUCCAUAUCAACUCUGAUAGAUAUGAUUCAAAUGAUCAAUCACUAACUAGCCAUAUUGGUACAGCAUUAUACGUUGCACCAGAGGUCAACAAUUCGUUAUCAAAAGCCAUGUACAAUCAGAAAGUUGACAUUUAUAGUUUAGGCAUAAUAUUUUUUGAGAUGUGCUAUCCACCUCUACAAACUGGUAUGGAACGGAUUUCUGUCCUUCACAAUCUUCGCUCAAGGCAAAUCAUAUUUCCAGUUAACUUUCCUAUGAGUGAAAUGAUAAAACAAGCGCAUGUUAUUCGGUGGCUGCUUGAUCAUGAACCAUCAAAGAGACCAUCAUCUGAAGAACUUCUUGCUUCAGACUCCUUGCCUCCCCCGCUACUGGAAGAUGCAGAGCUACAAGAUAUGGUUCGCCAUACUUUGAGAAAUCCUCAGAGUAAAGCAUAUAAAUAUCUUGUUGCUUCUUGUUUUAAACAGGAUGUUGGACCAGCAGAAGAUGUUACAUUUGACAUGGCAGUUCCUCCAAAAGGACUUAGUCUUCAGCGGUUUUUAGUUCUCCAAGACAUGGCAAAAAGUGUAGUAGUUAAGGUUUUUAAGAGGCAUGGUGCUGUCAGUCUUACAACACCGCUCCUGAUGCCUCAAAGAGCUGUAGACUCAGAAGUUGAUUCUGUUGUUCGACUCAUGACAAGAUGGGGUGGCAUUGUUAAUGUUCCUCAUGAUCUCCGAGUCAACUUUGCACGUUAUGUUGCAUGGAAUAACAUAUCAUGUCUGAAGCGUUAUGCGAUUCAGAGGGUUUACAGAGAGAAAAGAGUAUAUGGUUUCCAUCCAAGAGAGCUGUAUGAGUGUGCUUUUGAUAUUGUGACUCCAAGUCCAGGAAGUUUACUAUUAGAUGCUGAGUUACUAGCUGUCGUUUGGGAGAUGGCAUCUGAACUUCCUGGACUGAGAGAUCUUGCAUGUGCAUUUAGACUUAAUCACACAUCUUUGGUAAAAGCAGCGUUGUUUUAUUCUUGUGUGAGAGAGGAUCACCAUUCGAAGAUUCUUUCCGUGUGCAGUGAAGCAAGGGAUAAAAAUAAUCUUAGACAACAACUACAAGAAAUCCUCACAGAACCUGAAAUGGCUUCCCUAUUUUCCUUGCUUGAAGUCGAGGGCCCAUAUUCCAAAGUAUCUGCAACGUUUCGCGUUGUUACUAAACGUAAAGGUGAAGCUGCAUCCUUGGCCAAACAAGGACUACAUGAUCUUGAAAAUACUAUCAACUAUGCCCAAGCAUUAGGCAUCAAGUGUCCAAUAUUAGUAAGUCCAGUUUUUGUUCGCAAUAUAAAUCAAUACUCUGGAGUUAUGUGCCAGUUAGUUUGUGAAAACAAAAACAAACACCGGCAUGGGGGCGUUGAAGUAAUUGCAGCUGGUGGCAGAUACGAUGGAAUGAUCGCCUCUUUCAGGCAAGCUCUUGAUCGAAGUGGAAUGUUACGUCCUGGUCCUCCCCAGGCAGCUGUUGGUGUUAGUAUUUGUAUGGACAAAGUGGUCACACUCUUACAUGAUAGUGAUGAAAGGGUGAAAUCAUUAGAUGUUGUUUUGUGGUCCUCUGGCCAUCAAACAGCUUUGGAUGCUGCAGUUGUUGCUAAGGAUCUUUGGGGGUCAGGAAUGAAGUGUCUUUUGCUGGACAUUACUGAACAUGAAACAGAAGAAUAUUGUCAAGAAAUGGCAGUACCUCUUAUGGUGAUACUACGAGAAGGAGACUCAAGCUCUGUUCGUGUUAGGAUGUGGGAAAAAGAGCGGCUUCAUGAGAAAAAAGUACUUCGUACAGAAUUGACGGAAUUUCUACUGAGAGCCCUACGUCUAUGUCGGGAUACAAAUGAAGGCCUAGUUUCUGCUCUGCCCAUGCAGAGACAAGAGAUUAAGAACCUUGCAGGAGGAGACAACCAUUCUCACACUCAUAAUCACACUCACUCCCACCGGCAUACCCAUGUGGAAACUCAUGGUCACCAACAUAAUAUGGUCAUUAACAUGAACUUUUUAAGUUCAGAGAGAAUGGCUGCAAGUUCCAGGAAGCGAUGCCAAACUCAGAUUUACAGCCACACCCUUCGCAUUGUCCAAAAAUUAGAUGUAAGAGCUCCCAUCCAAGUUUUGGCUGUUGGUGGAUUAGAUGGAAGCACUGUUUGUUCUCUUGCUGGACUGCUUGACUUAGAGAGUGAACAAGAUUUUAAUGAAAGUAGAAAAGCAGCUUUAGAAAGGUUGCCAAGAAACAAAAAGGUUAUUGCUGAAGUAUUGGAUGAAAUUUAUGAUCUACGGUUUGAGAAAAAUGCCCCUGUGAUAAUUCUAUAUAGCCUCCCAGAUAAUAAGUUUCGUCUCCUAGUUUAAGUCUCUUGAUGCUGUGAUGUGCUACCUUUUCUUUUCUGUUUGUCAAAAAUGUGUGAAAGUAUUUUACCAUGAAUUUUUGGUAAUAUCAAGAGAAAUGAAGUGCGACUAUUUUCAAUGACAAAGACUGAAAAGGGGUCUAAAUUAUCCUAUUUUUAAAUGUGUGUUUGUAAUCUAUAUUUUUUAUACAUUUCAUUUAUUACAUUCUUAUUUAAAAGAAUGCUAUUACUGAACUGCAUGUAAGCAUACUUAAUUUAAAAAUAGAUGACUACUGUUGUGUGGCCUUAAUUCUGCUUAUAACAUCUAUUGCUUCUGAAAUUUGAUUUACAUUCUGUUUUAGCUGCUUAUUUUUUCCCUGUAAUGUUAAAAUAAUAAUGCAAAGACCUGUAUUGAUCCAUAUUAAAAUAGACGAAUGAAAUAA